AUGGGAGAAGCCGCUGGUGAGGCAGCCGUCGAGGCCUCAACCGAGACCGCAGACGGCGGCGUCAAGACCGCGGGCAAGGCCGCGGGUGGCGAAGAGGAGUCCGCGGGGACGACCGCGGGUGACGGCGAUAGGACCGCGGGCGAGGCCGCGGGUGGCGAACAUGACGCCGUGGCCGAGACGGACGAGGCGGCAGGCGAGGCCGCAGGCGACGCGGGGGCGGGCAAGGCUGCCUCCAGCGUGGGUGCGGGCGAAGCAGGAGAGGGCCCGGCCGAGACGCCUCCUGCGCCAGGCCAGCGAGGGCGGGCGCCGAAACCCGGGGGGGUGAGGCCAGCUCCGCCUGAGCCGACCAGACCAGAGGGAGCCGAAGCCUGGAGGGGGGAGGCCGGCUCCGCCUGA